AUGUACCGUCUAGGACUCUUCUCUUCCCGCUGUGAGCUGCUCGCCUUUCGCUACGUGUUUCCUGGCAACGAUGACGCCACCUCAUGCAGCCACGAGGACGCUGCCGCUAGCGAUGCAGCCAGAGUUACCUCUUACGCUCUCAGUAAAUACAUCGCCGCCCAGCGGGUGGUGACAGACCAGUACUCAACAGAACGUUUCUUGGCUGCCUUGAAAUCGGUGGUUUUACCAGAAGCUAGGAGCGGACAUAUCCAGUUUGACGCAACUGGCCAAAGAACAGACUACACACUCCAGCUGUAUAAUCAUGGAGGAGAAGACAUGUACAAAUUAGUAGCUACCUGGAAUCCUAAUUUCCCAACGCCGGAGACGAGGUUGAACGUAACCGGUGACGAUUCCCAAGAAAAAGACCUGGACGAGAUGGGGAUCUUCCCAGACAUGGUGAUGAUUGUGGUUGUCGAGGAACGGCCUUUUGUAAUGAAACGCAACGAGCCGUACAGCAACUCAGAGAAAAACGAUGAGUUCGAAGGUUUCACUAUAGACCUCAUCAAGAGACUUUCGGAGGAGCUGAAGUUCGAGUACACGAUUUAUAGAAGCCCUGACAAUCAGUAUGGGACCAACCGCUCGGAUGGUAGCUGGGACGGCAUGGUUGGAGAAAUUAUUCAUGGGAAUGCGACGUUGGCUUGUGGGUCCAUCUCGAUAACGUCGAGCCGAGAGGCGGUCAUUGACUUCAGCCUAGGUGUCAUCAGUACGGGCAUCAAUAUACUGGUUAAAAAACCGGAGGAGAGCUUCACCAUCUUCCAGUUCAUGAUGCCAUUCUCAUUGGAGCUCUGGAUGGCUAUUGUUGGGGCAACGGCCACAGUGAGUCUGGUCUUCUUCGCCAUGGACUAUGGCAGCGAGGACCGAAGGUUUACUGUCAGGGUAAUGGGUACCCUACUGAAGCGAGGCUCGGACUUUGCCCCCGUGCCGGUGUCUCAGCGAAUUCUCACCGCCGGGUUUCUCUUUUUUGUCCUGAUCACAGUUUCAACCUACACCGCCAACAUGGCCGCCUUCUUGACAACCAAGGUAACCUAUCAAU